AUUGCCACCAUUAUCAUCUUUCAACAUAGGUUCAUCUCAGCCAAUACCGUCGAUCAACCGAUAAGGACCCCAGAAGAACUCGAGAGAUCACCAGAAGACAUCGAGAAGGACAAGGCAGUCCAUGAGAUUUCACAAAAGAUACACGCAUAUGGCUCAAAUUCAACCACUAUCGGCCUCGUCCUAUCAAAGACGAGGGCAGACGACCUACGAUGGCUUCGAGACUACAUUCAAGAGCACCCCCAAAAUACUCCAUUCGUAUAUACAACAGAUGACGACCCCGAAACAGAGCUCCUCAUCCCCCAGUCCUUCCGAGGCCGCGAAGUAGCAAGCUACCUAUCCUACGUCAUCGACUACUACGACUCUCUCCCACCCUACUCCAUCUUUAUCCACUCAAACCAAGACCAAUGGCACAACGACCUUUUCGGCGUCCGUACCGACUCCGUCCUCCCCGCGCUCCGGCUGCAAGCUGUCGACGCAAAGGGAUAUCUCAAUCUCCGCUGCUCCCUCUUCCCGGGCUGCCCGACCCACGUGCACCCGCAUGCACCCACCCAAAUCGACAUCGAUAAUCACGAUGUCCGCUCCUAUUUCACGCAAGUUUACGUGGAUAUACUAGGUGGCAGUCUAGAAGACGUCCCGCAGGAAAUUGGCGGCGUCUGCUGCGCCCAGUUUGCGCUCAGCCGGGCUCGGAUUCGGCAGCGCCCGAAGAGCGAUUAUGUUCGGAUGCUCAGAUGGGUCAAUGAGACCAGCGUCCCGCUCAUGGAUAGCCAUGGAGUGGGCUGGGUGUUUGAAACGUUAUGGCAUGUUGUAUUUGGGGAGGAGGCGUGUCGGUGUGAUAAUUUCGGCUGGUGCGGUCCCUUCCCGUCCGGAAAACUGCUUACUGCGGUUACUCCGGCGAUCUCGCAUGUGUAG